AUGGCCUCGUCCAAGGCCUUUUUCCAGGGCGAGCCCGACGCCCCCGUGCUCAAGACAAAGAUCCCCGGCGCCCAGAGCGCAAGGAAGAUUGCCGAGCUGAGCGAGGUCUUUGACACGCGCGCCGUCAACAUGAUGGCCGACUACCCCAAGAGCGUGGGCAACUACAUUGCCGACCCGGACGGCAACUAUCUGCUCGACGUAUACGCCCAGAUCGCCUCCAUCCCCGUCGGCUACAACAACCCAGCCCUGGCAAAGGCCGCCUCCACGCCCGACAUGGUCAACGCCAUCAUCAACCGCCCGGCCCUCGGCAACUUCCCCUCCCACGACUGGGCCGACAUCCUCAAGACGGGCAUCCUCAAGGUGGCCCCGCGAGGGCUCAACAACGUCUUCACCGCCAUGGCCGGCUCCGACGCCAACGAGGUCGCCUUCAAGGCCGCCUUCAUCUACCGGCGGCAGCAGGAGCGCGGCGGGCCCGACGUCGACUUUUCCCAGGAGGAGCUCGACUCGGCCAUGAACAACCAGUCGCCCGGCUCGUCGUCGCUGUCCAUCCUGUCCUUCAAGACGGCCUUCCACGGCCGCCUCUUCGGCACGCUGUCCACGACGCGCUCCAAGCCGAUCCACAAGGUCGACAUCCCGGCCUUUGACUGGCCGCAGGCCACCUUCCCGCAGCUCAAGUACCCGCUGGACCAGCACGCCGAGGAGAACGCGGCGGCGGAGCAGUCCAGCCUGGACGAGGUCGAGCGCCUCAUCAAGACGUGGCACAUCCCGCCCGCCGCCGUCAUCGUCGAGCCCAUCCAGAGCGAGGGCGGCGACAACCACGCCAGCCCCGCCUUCUUCCGCGGCCUCCGCGCCCUCACCCGCAAGCACGGCGUCCUCCUCAUCGUCGACGAGGUCCAGACGGGCGUCGGCGCCACCGGCCGCUUCUGGGCCCACGACCACUGGGACCUCCAGGACCCCCCGGACAUGGUCACCUUCUCGAAAAAGGCCCAGACCGCCGGCUUCUACUACGGCGACCCGGCCCUGCGGCCCAACAAGCCCUACCGCCAGUUCAACACCUGGAUGGGCGAUCCCGCCCGCGCCAUCCUCUUCCGCGCCAUCGUCGGCGAGAUUGAGCGCCUCGACCUCGUCAACCACACCGCCCGCGUCGGCGACUACCUCUACGCCAAGCUCGAGCGCCUCCAGGCCAAGUACCCGGACCACUUCAGGGACCUGCGCGGCAAGGGCCAGGGCACCUUUAUCGCCUUUGACAACCCCAAGCGCGACCAGUUCCUGGCAAAGGCCAAGGAGUUUGGCGUCAACAUUGGCGGCAGCGGCGCGAGCGCCGUGCGGCUGAGGCCUAUGCUCACGUUCCAGGAGCAUCAUGCUGACAUUUUGGUGGAUGCGCUUGAGAAGAUUGUCAAUGCCCUGUGA